AUGGCUGCUGCGGCGGUGUCGGAGGCCUGGCCGGAGCUGGAGCUGGCGGAGCGGGAGCGGCGGCGGGAGCUGCUGCUGACCGGGCCCGGGCUGGAGCAGCGGGUGCGCGCGGCGGGCGGGCGGCUGCCGCCGCGGCUCUUCACGCUGCCGCUGCUGCACUACCUGGAGGUGAGCGGCUGCGGCAGCCUGCGCGAGCCGGGCCCGGGCCUGGCUCAGGGCCUCCCGCAGCUGCACAGCCUCGUGCUGCGGCGCAACGCGCUGGGCGAACUGGCGGCCGCCGACAACUGCCUCCGGGAGCUCAGCCCCGAAAUCGCCCACCUGGCCUCGCUCAAGACGCUGGACCUGUCCAACAACCAGCUGAGUGAGAUCCCGGCAGAGCUGGCCGACUGCCCCAGGCUCAAGGACAUCAACUUCCGGGGGAACAGGCUGCGGGACAAGCGCCUGGAGAAGAUGGUCAGCGGCUGCCAGACCAGGUCCAUCCUGGAGUACCUGCGUGCCGGGGGCCGCGGGGGCUGCCGGGUCCGGGGCAAGGCCGAGGGCCCCGACAGGGAGGAGGCGCGCAGGAAGCGGCGGGAGCGGAGGAAGAGGGAGUGCGGCGAGGGCGAGGAGGCGUGGGUGGACGAGGCCAGCCGGCUGCUGCUGCGGGUCCUGCACGUGGCCGAGAGCCCGGCCCCGCUGACGGUCAGGGUGAGCCCCGGGGUCGGGGACGUGCGGCCCUUCAUCGUGGGCGCCGUGGUGCGGGGCAUGGACCUGCAGCCCGGGAACGCGCUCAAGCGGUUCCUCUCCUCCCAGACAAAGCUGCACGAGGACCUUUGUGAGAAGAGGACGGUGGCCACCAUCGCAACCCACGACCUCAGAGCCAUCCGGGGGCCCCUGCUGUAUGCCACUCGCCCCCCAGAAGACCUCAGGAUCAUCCCCUUGGGGCGCCGGGAAGUCAAGGCCAAGGACCUGGUGCGGCAGCUGCAGCUGGAGGCGGAGGAGCACAGGAAGCAGAAGAAGAGGCAGAACGUGUCGGGCCUGCACAGGUACCUUCACCUGCUAGACGGGAAGGAGCAUUACCCGUGCCUCGUGGAUGCAAACGGCGACGUGAUUUCUUUUCCGCCCAUAACAAACAGCGAGAAGACGAAGAUUAAGAAAACCACUUGUGACCUGUUUCUGGAAGUGACGAGCGCCACCAGCCUGCAGAUUUGCAAGGACAUCAUGGACGCCCUCAUCCUGAAAAUGGCAGAAAUCAACAAGUACACUUUGGAAAACAAAGACGAAGGUUCCCUCUCCGACCACGAAGUCGAUGCCAUUCCUGGACAAGUCCCGGGCCCCAGAGCGACUCCCGGUGCUGAGCAGGCUGGGAGCGCCCCGCUGGUGGUGGAGCAGGUCCGGGUGGUGGAUGAGGAGGGCCACCUGAAGGUGGUGUAUCCGUCCAAGACGGACCUGGACCUCGCUGCCGCCCACGUGACUGUGCUCCGCUGA